CACGCUCCAACUUUCAAAAGCCGCCACCGCAUAAUUUUGCCAUUAUUCUAUCUCACCAACAAUGAUGGCCGCACCGCAACUUCACUUUCCCCCAGGAUUCAGAUUCCACCCUACAGACGAAGAACUCGUCGUUCAUUACCUCUGCCGCAAAUGCCUCAACCAACAAAGCGGCGUUCCCAUAAUCACCGAAAUCGACCUCUACAAAUACGACCCUUGGGACCUCCCUGGAAUGGCGUUGUACGGAGAGAAAGAGUGGUAUUUCUUCUCGCCGAGGAACCGGAAGUACCCGAAUGGUUCGCGGCCGAACCGGUCCGCGGGAACCGGGUACUGGAAAGCAACCGGAGCAGAUAAACCGAUUGGUAAACCGAAACCGGUUGGUAUAAAAAAAGCAUUGGUGUUUUACGCUGGAAAAGCGCCCAAGGGAGAGAAGACAAACUGGAUCAUGCACGAGUAUCGUCUUGCCGAGGUGGACCGUUCCAUUCGCAGAAAAAACAGCUUGAGGCUGGAUGACUGGGUACUGUGUCGCAUAUACAACAAGAAAAGGGCGGUUGAGAAGCAACCGCCGGUCAAAAUUGAGUGUUCCGAACUGGCGGACGAGAAGCCGGCAAUUGCGCGGCCGUACUCGGAGUUGACGGUGGCGGACUGCGUGAACUUCGAGGGAUCGGACUCGGUUCCACGGCUGCUGACGAUGGACUCGAGCUGCUCGGAGCAGGUGGUCUCGCCGGAGCCGGCGAGCGAGGUGCAGAGCGAGCCGAAGAGGAGCAACACCAAGUUUGAGUACAAUUACGUGGACGCGAAUCUGGCCUCGCAGUUCCACAGCGCGAAUCAGAUGUCGCCGCUGCAGGAUAUCUUCAUGUACCUCUCAAAGCCAUUUUGAAAUGAAAAUUAGUCGCUAAGACGUCGCCGUACGUGUGCGUAUGAACGCGUGCAUCGAUUUUUGAGGUGGCUGCAUCGCGCGGGGAGCACGAGACUCAUUGAUGGAAGGUCCAUGAGUGUGCCCGUGCUGGUGCGCGCAGGUGAUAUUAUCAAAAACAGAAACAUAAAAUGUGAUUCUUACAUAAACAAUUGAAGAUGAUGAAUUAUGAAUGUAUUAAAUUAAUGAAAUAUUAAUACAUCAAUAGUCUUACAGUGUUAA